GGAAGGAAAAACGGAUCGACGCGUCUGCGUUGCUGGGUAGAUAUAAAACAAAAACAACAACGUUAGUGUCUGUCGGAGUUUGAAGCUUGGACACAACAGACGGUAUCAUUUGAAAUUCGCACGCUGUUCUGCUGCACAAUCUCUUUUCUAUUUUAGAACAUGGCAACUGACUGCGAGGCCUGGCUGAACGCAAACCCCGUCGAGGCUGAGGACCUGAGUGACUCCUUUUUAUCUGGAGACGAAGACACUGGAAGAUUGGGCAUCUCCAACAAAAACAUCAACAAUGAGAUCAAUGGCAACUGGUUGACCUCGUCUAGCAACAGCAUCCAUGAAGCACGCCUCAAGGCGAAGGCCAAGCGGAGGCUGAGAAAAAACUCCUCCAGGGACUCUGGGAGGGGGGACUCUCUCAGCGAUAAUGGGGAUGUGGUUAAGGGGACCUCUGCGGCACCCACCAGCCCCAAGAGCAAGCUGCUGGACAGAAAGUCCCGAUUGGGAAAGGGCAGAGGUCUGCCAAAGAAAGGUGGGGCUGGAGGGAAAGGUGUGUGGGGCCGGUCCGGUGAAGUUUAUGAACAGGAGGAGGUAGAUGAGAAAGACCCCAACUAUGACGAAGCUCAGGAAAACUGUGUGUAUGAGACUGUGGUUCCCCCUCUGGAUGAGGGGAAUUUUGAGAAGACGGUAACUCCCAUAGUGCAAGAGUACUUUGAACAUGGAGACACUAAUGAAGUAGCGGAGCUGCUCGCGGGACUGAACCUGGGACCCAUGCGGAGCGAGGUGCCCUCGCUGGCUGUGUCGCUGGCCCUGGAGGCCAAAUCCAGCCACCGGGAGCUCACCUCCAGGCUGCUGGCUGACCUGUGUGGGCCUGUUCUGUCCCGUGGCGACAUGGAAAACUCCUUCGACAAACUUCUCCGAGAGCUACCUGAUCUGGCCCUGGAUACACCAGGGGCCCCACAGUUGGUGGGCCAAUUCAUUGCACGUGCUGUUAGUGACCAAAUAUUGUCCAGGAGCUACAUCGAGGGCUACAAAGGCAGAGUUGACUGUGAAUACGCAAGGGCAGCACUAGACCGGGCGACGGUGCUGCUGAAGAUGAGUAUGGGUGGCCUACGCAUUGAAAACCAAUGGGGGACAGGCGGGGGCCAGAGACCUGUCAAGCAGCUCAUCAAAGAGAUGAACCUGCUGCUGAAAGAGUACAUCCUGUCUGGAGACUGCAAGGAGGCUGAGAGAUGCCUGAAGGAUCUGGAGGUUCCCCAUUUCCACCACGAGUUUGUCUAUGAGGCGAUAGUGAUGGUGUUGGAGUCCAAAGGACAGAAAACAUUCAAAAUGGUUCUGCAGCUACUGAAGUCGCUCUCUGUGUCCUCAGUCAGCACUGUGGACCAAAUGAGAAGGGGCUAUGAAAGAGUUUAUUUGGACAUUGCUGAAAUCAACAUUGAUGUCCCGCGUGCAUACUUCAUCCUGGAGCAGUUUGUUGAUAAGAGCUUCACUAUGGGAAUCAUCGAUGUAAAGUUAAGAGAUCUUUGUCCCUGUCGGGGCCGGAAGAGAUUUGUCAGCGAGGGAGAUGGUGGUGUUGUCAAACUUGAAAGCUACUGAGGAGCCCUUUUUAUGUGCCAGAUUUCCUGAAGAGGAUAAAGCUACUUUUUUACUUGCAUAUUUUUCAAAAUAGUUGGGUACAACCCCCCCCAAAAAAAAACAAGUCAAAAGAAUGUACAUUUCUGAAAUGAGGUGGGGUUAAAAAAGCAAACACAUUUGACUGCACUUAUGAUUGAAACUGAAGUUGAUAAUUUUCUUCAAUAUAAAUAUUUGCAUAAGGUAAUCCUUAAAGUGCCACACCUCUGUUUCUGCCAUUCCAUGUUGUACAGUAUUUUCCUUGAUUUUACUGCCAGUCCUUUUUGUGUUUUCUAGAAAGCAGUGUUUGUACAGAGAUGACUGGUUUGUGUCAGCUUUAUAAAGGGGUAUAAAAAAUAAAAUAAAGGGGAGCAUGUUGGUUAAAUGCAAUAUUGCCUCCCUAACUAGCUGCUGUUUCUAUGCUGUGUUUGACCUUUUUUGUUUGUUUGUUUGUUUGAUUUUUUUACCCUUUUAAAUUACACAAAGAUGUCAUUAUUGAAGGUAUCAAGACUUGAGUACAGUGCAAAAACAAAUACCAGUCGUGUAACUUCAAAACUGGUGUUUAGAGUGUUUAUUUUUAUAUCUGGGGAAUACUGGUGUGUGAGAUGUACCAUGUAUUGCACCUUGUUUGUUCAUUAAAUCACUUAAAUAAUCCAA